AUGAUCUUUGUUUUAAUUUUCUCUAAAUUGAAAGGGGCUUUUUAUAAGAUAUUAAAAUUAUUAUGUUUGUAUUUAUUUAUAUAUGAAGAGGGAUAUUUUAUAUUUUAUGGAAAUGUAGAAUCAUUGAAUAUAAAAAAAAAUGUGGAAUGUAAAUAUGUUGGAAUGAGUAGAGGUUUAAUAGUCAAACCUUUUAAUAAUAUAAAAAAUAAGAAGAGGUUGAAUAUGUUAUCUUCUAUUUGUAGCAGAAAUAGUAUUAUUUGUUUUAAUAAGAUAAAUAAAUAUUUUGAUAAUGUAAAAAAUGGUUUUUUUAAAAAAAGAGAUAUAUUAUUUUAUUUUUAUAUAAUACAAAAUGUUCUUACUAAAAAAGUAUAUAUUGACAAACGUAAAAAAAAUAAUUAUAAUUUAAUAAAUAAAAAUAGAAAUAAAUAUGAAUAUAUAAAUUAUAAUAGGUGUAAAUAUAAAAAGAAGUUAUUUAAUAUAUAUAUGGAACAUAAUAAUAUGUUGUAUGACCAAGGUGAUAAUUUUUAUGAUAAUUAUGAAUCUAGUUCUUUUCUUGAAAUUAAUAAUAAUCAAGUAGAUAUUCCUAUUGACCUUUCAAGAUUUGAGAAAGAAGUAAGGAAGCUAAUAGAAAUAUUAAAUUAUAACAAUUUUCAUUUAAAUAUUACAUUUAUAAGUUUAGAAGAAAUGAAGAGAAUUAAUAAAAAAUAUCGAAAUAAAAAUAUGCCGACUGAUGUUAUAUCGAUAUUACAUAGUUUAGAUGAUCAAAGCUAUGAUUACAAUUAUGAUUUUUUAAAAAAUUCAGUAGAAGAGAAAAAGGAAUUUAAAUCUGGUGAUAUAUAUUUGUGUCCUGAGUAUAUAAACAAGGAAUGUUUUUUGUCGAGAAUGAAAUAUGAGAGCAGUUUGUUUCAUAAAAAAGGAGAUAGUCUAUGUUAUGUGACCGAUGAAAGAAAUGAGGAUGUCACAGAAGAAAGUAUAAACAGCAUAAAUUGUAAUAAUAUUGAUAUUAAUGAUGAUAAUAUUAAUGUUGAUAAUAUUAAUGAUGAUAAUAUUAAUGAUGAUAAUAUUAAUGUUGAUAAUAUUAAUGAUGAUAGUAUUAAUGUUGAUAGUGUUGGUGGUUGUGAUAUAUCCGUUGAUAAAGAUUCAAAAAAUGUAGAUACAAAUAAAAUAUUGAACCCACGAGGAGUCAAUAAACUGUUUUCUAAUAUUUUUAGUGUAAAUGAAAGAUUACCUUUUUAUGUUUUACAUGCAUUUGUGCAUUUAAUGCAUAAGGAUCAUGAAAAUAAUCUAGAAGAAUAUAAUGAAUUUAUGGAUAUAGAAGAAAAUAUUAUAAAAAAAUAUGUAACCUUUAAUAAAUAUACACCUACUUUUUAUGCUCAUCAUAUUAUAGGACUAGGAACAGAUAUUUUGUGUGUAUAUAGAAUUUAUAAAAUAUUAUUACUAAAGAAUAAAAAUAAAUUUCUUCAAAAAGUUUUAAAUUCAUUCGAAUAUAAAGAAUUAAUUCAACAACAAGAUAAUAUUAAAUAUAAUAUAGAAAAGCUAGCUAUAUAUAUAAGUAAAAAAUUCGCUGCAAAAGAAGCUAUCGUCAAAUCUAUUGGAAGAGGAUUAAGUUCAAUAUCAAAAUAUGGAAUAAGUAUGAAUGAUAUAGAAAUAAGAAAUGAUAAAUAUGGAAAACCACAUGUUUAUUUAUAUAAUAAAGCACAAAAAAUAGCUAGACAAUUAGGAAUUGUCAAAAUUUUCUUAUCAAUAAGUGACGAAAAAAUUUUUAAUAAUAAUAUAAAAACAAAUAAUAUAAAUGAUAAAAAUUUUACAUGUUUAAU